UGUUUGUAGACGGAAGGGACUUGUCAAACCUCCAACCUGUCGCUCUGUCGUCUCACGGCGCCACGGCUUUAUCUCCACGACACCAGGAUCUCUGUAGUCAGGUUUAACAGGGGUUUUAUCGCCGGGCACACGGGGCACCAUGAGGACGGCUUCUCUAGUACUCUCCAUGUUGUUAUUCGGCUGCUUGGUAAGAGCUGCUCCUUUGCAACCAGGUGAUACUCCCUUGACAGACUCCAAUUCAGACGAAAAGACUGUAUCUUCUGCUAAUGGAAAUGCAGCUCAGACCUCAAUUGGAACUCUUGACAAAGAGGCAAAGCCUGACCCCUCCACUGAAGAUAAUACAGUAUCUGCAGAUAAAAUAAAAGAUGGGAACCAAGGUGGGGGCCCACCUAGCAAAACAAUUCCAGAAAAGCCUGAUGAAAACAAAGAAGCAUUGAAGGACAAAAAUCAAGUGCCGGUGCAACAAGCUCAGGGGGACAAAAAGGGGAGCAAAGACACAAACCAGAUGCCUCUAGACAAAAAGUCAACAGACCCUGAUCAGUCAAAUGUAGCCCAAACUCUUACAGACAAUAAGUCAACGAAGCCUAAAGACAACGGGCAAGAAGCUGGAGGAGAGACUGAGAGGGGAAAUGCAGAGGGAAAUGAUCACAAUGAGAAAAUUAGUGAAAAGAUGGAAGAUGCUAAUGCUAAAAAAGAACUAAACAGCAAAAAUGGAAAGCCAGAAUUGCAAAUUAACAAGGAUGGAGGGAAACCAGAAGCUAAAGAUGCCAGUGAUAAAAACAAGAAACCACUGGAAUCAGGAUCUGACCGCGAUAAGGACACAGGAGAUGAUGAUGAUGAUGAAACUAUGAUUAAAGACAAGGAACAAAACAAACCAGAGAGCAGCAAUCCAAUAAUACCUUUACACAGUGACAAAGAAAAUAAAGCUGGAGAAGAUAAGGGUGAUGAGGAAACCAAAGCAGGGGACGAUGACAAAGACCAGGAAAACCUGCAUACGGAACCUGAGCAUGAUAAGAACACAGACGAGGAUGAUGAUGAUGAUGAUGAUAAUGAUAAUGAUGAUGAUGAUGGGAAUAAUAAAAAAAAAAAUGAGGACCCUCAUGAGGAAAAUGAAGAAAACAACAUUAAUGAGAAAACACCAACAUUGGAAAUUGAAAAGAACAAAGACACUAAAGGAAAUAAUGAUGAGAUCAAUAAAAAAACUGAAGAAGCUGAUGAGAAGAGCAAACAACCAGACAACAGUGGCAACGAAAGACCAGAACUAGAAGCUACCAAAGAUAAAGAAACGGGAGGAGACGAUGCCAGUAAAAUAACAACAGAAGGCAGUGAUGGUGGGUUUGAAAAUCCAGAAGGACUGAACACUAAAAAAGAAGAAACUGGAGCGAAAGUUCAGUAUAACCCCACUAGAAUAAAAGACGAGGCUGAAAGCAGUCAUUUCUUUGCAUACCUCGUCUCCACAGCUGUGUUGGUGGCAGUGCUUUACGUCACUUACCACAACAAACGCAAGAUAAUUGCCUUUGUUUUGGAGGGCAAGAGAUCUAGAUCCACACGUCGGCCUAAAUCUGCUGAAUACCAGAGGCUGGAACAAAUGUAAUCUGAAGCAGUGGAACGAUCUCAAGCCCCUUCCUGGAACAGCUGAAAACACUUUAUUGCUUGAAGGGGAGAGCGGGUACCAGUGUUGGACAUAUCAUGGGUGCACACUGCAUUACAUCCAGCUCGUGUCAAAUGGAUAUUCUUUGAUUUUGUACAUUUACAUGUUUAGUGCAUGACUAUGCAGAUGACACUGUUGCCUUAUUGAGCAAUUUGGUGAAGGUAAAGUAAGCAUGCAGUUUUUGCACUCGUGUGUACCACUUUUCUGGCAAUUCGGUAAUGUGCCCUGACUGAGGUCCCGACUCAGGAUAUUUCUGUAGCAAAUUAGCUUUUUGGAUUCCAGUCUUGCUUUUUGAAUAAAUGAGAGAUUGCCACUUAAAUAAGCCAUCUUAGAGUGUUGGAUGUUUUUUGCAAAUGUCCAUUCAUUUAUCUGUAUUUUGCAUCUUGCAAAACAAUCUGUCUGCUGGAGUAUUGUAAGUCUUGUUGAUUUGUGGCUGCCCAUUAUCUCUGUGACGUCUUAGUUCUGUCUUGGUUGAACAUUUCCAACUUGCACCACUUGAUAGGUUACAACAAUCAUAAUUUCAGUCUAUUUUUUUUUGUUAUAGGGGAUUAGACAGCAGCUGCUUUGUUUUAACUGCACUAUUUAAAAACUGUAUUGAUGUGGGGAUGACCACUACUACACGAGAUUUAAUCUUUCCACACGUGUAAAUGUGUUUGUUUCUAAAUGAUAGACCUGUGCCAAAUUGUGAAUAUUACUGUGAUUUAUUGUGUGGCCCUUGCAUUUGUGCCUGUUCCAGUUACUUUGGGACCAUGCAUUUGUUUCUAAUGUUUCUGCAAAAAGAAAUCUAAUGUAAUUGCUCUUUAGCAGAAUUAAGCCCACAUUUUGUGUCCCCAUUUUGUGAUUUUUUUUUUUUUUUUUUUUUAGCAAUCUGCAAAGGAAAUUGAUCAUUUUAAUUGGUUUUUACUUCACAUUCUCCUUAGUUAAGUUAAGCUUCAGUUAGAACAUCAUGACCAUUGUAGUGUCUAAAAAGAGGCAAAAUAUUUCUUUCAGUUUGCUAGGAAUGAAUGUAUAAAUGUCCUGCGGCUGAACAGCUGAGCGCUAUUACUAAAAUAAAAAGCUUUUUUUACUUUCA